CGCUGUGGGGGCGGGGGAGGGAGCGUUGUGCAAGCGGGCGCUUGCGAGCCCCGCGCCUCUGCCUAGGCACCUCCCGCCGGUCCCCUUCUCCCCGCUGCGAGCAGUCGGGGCCUCCUCCAUGCGGGAGAGGCGAAGGCGGGAGCUGCUGGCCGGCCAUCCCCGGCGUCCGGCGAGCCGGAGCCGAGCCGCCGCCGCCGCGCCGCUUCUGCCGCAUCUCCCCCAUCUCCCCGCGGCGCGCUGAGCUCUGCCCGUCGCGCCGCCCCCUCCCUCAGUCCUUUCACCCCCGCACCCCGCCGCCCGUUUUAUGCUUUUUUCUUGUUGGUUUUUUUUUUUUUUUUUUCUUUCUUUCUUUUUCAUCCCCUCACCUUCGGUUUUCAUCCUGGCCGCGAGCAAAGUGUCUUCAUGAGCGCAGAGGAUGUCCGGGAAGCACUACAAGGGGCCUGAAGUCAGUUGUUGCAUCAAAUAUUUCAUCUUCGGCUUCAAUGUCAUCUUCUGGUUCCUUGGCAUAGCAUUUCUUGGGAUUGGAUUGUGGGCAUGGAAUGAAAAGGGAGUGCUGUCCAACAUCUCUUCCAUCACUGACCUGGGUGGCUUUGAUCCAGUUUGGCUCUUCCUAGUGGUAGGAGGAGUUAUGUUCAUUUUGGGAUUUGCAGGAUGCAUUGGAGCUUUGAGAGAAAAUACCUUUCUUCUCAAAUUUUUUUCUGUGUUUCUUGGAAUUAUUUUCUUCUUGGAACUCACUGCUGGUGUUCUAGCAUUUGUUUUCAAAGACUGGAUCAAGGACCAGCUGUAUUUCUUUAUAAACAACAACAUCAGAGCAUACCGAGAUGACAUUGAUUUGCAAAACCUCAUAGACUUUACGCAGGAAUAUUGGCAGUGCUGCGGGGCUUUUGGAGCUGAUGACUGGAACCUUAAUAUUUACUUCAAUUGCACAGAUUCCAAUGCAAGUCGAGAGCGCUGUGGUGUGCCAUUCUCUUGCUGCACUAAAGACCCUGCCGAAGAUGUUAUUAAUACUCAGUGUGGCUAUGAUGCACGGCAAAAACCAGAAGUUGAUCAGCAGAUUGUUAUCUACACUAAAGGCUGUGUCCCUCAAUUUGAGAAAUGGUUGCAGGACAAUCUUACCAUAGUUGCUGGUAUAUUCAUUGGGAUAGCAUUACUGCAGAUAUUUGGGAUUUGCUUAGCCCAGAAUUUGGUUAGUGACAUUGAGGCUGUCAGAGCCAGCUGGUAAAACUGCUGAAGUAACCACAACAAGACACUGGACAACCGAAACCCUCUGAAACCUCCAGUGUGUCUCUCCGACACCAAGCUGUAUGGACAUGGGUGACAGGGAAGCCUUCUCUCCCACAAAGUCUCAAGUUUAAGUUCCUGAUAUUGGGAAAUAGUGAACUCAUAUUUCUUUGGGGUGGGGAUGAGAAGAGUGGCUCUUUAAAAUCUGCUGCUCACUGACAAUUUUUUUAUUUUAUUUUAUUUUUAUUUUUAUUUUGCUUUAAACCACCAGUUCGAAAGCUGUUGAGCUGUGAAUCUCUACUGUAUUCCUGAUCCUGAGUAACAAGUGGACACUUUUUAAAAAUUGGUGUAUUCAGUGGGACAGAGUUGCAUCAUUGUUAUCUAUGGAUAUACUGUUUAUUCUUCAUGUCAUGAGCUCUUAGUAUCUGCCAAGUAUUCCUGAGAUGGUUACUCAUCUCACCACUCUAAAGGAACAGUCUUCUUAUUUUCACAGAUAAACGUAGCUACAGGCUUAAACUCAUCAAGCAGGAAGCAACUUUCUAUGCAUCUAUUGUACAGUAAAUGAAACUGUUUUUAAAACAAGGGAAAGUUACUUUUUUGGUGUGGUCAUUUUUUUUUUGUUUUGUUUUGUUUUUGUUUUUGUUUUGUUUUGUUUUUUUUACACAAGGUUCCAGCCAUCUCCCUGUAGUAUUUUCAAGUUGGAAUGAGCAAGCUCACAGGGAGAACUGCCUAAUUUUAUCAACAUCUUUCUUCCUUUCUCCACCCUUGUACAAGGGGAAGGAGUUUUAUAUUUUCAAACAAGGGUUGUAGAACCUUUAUUUGCUGCCAUACCUUAGGACAUCACUCUCUUAAGGCAAGAAUGAGAUAUAACUGUAUAAAUGUAUGAAAGCCGCGUGGAUAUUGGGUCCAAGUGAAUAUUAUUAUUCAAAGAAUGAAUUAUAUAUUAACUUAAAAAAUGAAAGCAUCUGAUAUGGCUAAGUCUUUUGUUUCUCUGGAAUUUAGUGUAACCUAAUAUAUUUAGGGAUCUCACUAAUAUUAUGCUUUGAUAUACUUGUACAAAACUUCUUUUAAGAUAAUUUCUAGGUCUGUUCCUAUUUGAGGCUUUGGUCUUUUAAUUUUUUUUCCUUCGAUUCUUUUCACUUGCAUGAGCUGUGGAGUAAGAAUCUGUGACACUCCAGUGCUUUAAAUCUGUGCAUAUGUUUUAAUACAGUCUAAUUCAAACUUAUUUAUUGGUAAAUGCAUGUGAUUAUGGGAAGAUCAUAUUCCAUUCCUUUGGAACUUGGAGAGAAUAGCUUUUACCAGAAUAAAUGCUUACUUUCAAAGGACAAAUCCUUGCUAUGAAGAUAAGUCUCCCUUUCUUGCGUAAAACGCAACAACAACAACAAAAAUCUUGAAGCAAUGGAAUAAAAGUUCUAAAAUAGAAAUGUGUAUUAGGAUCAGCCAAGACACAUACUCUUGAAAUGGACAAAAUUUGGAAUCAAGCUCAAAUAGUGGAAGAAGAAUAAGAUCAGAUUCCAUUAAUCUUAAAGUUUGAUUUGUUGUUCUUCAAAAAUAAUAAUGAAUUUACAAACCUGACCAUGACUUGGAUAGUUUCACUGCACUUUGUACAGAUUACACUUUUUUUAUGACCUUCUCCAGUUCCUGCAGAAUAAGCCCUGAAAGCUAUGAGCUCUUUGCUCCUGCUUUGGUAAAACAGCGAUAAAAAGUUGUGUAGCACUUCUUUGCAAGAAAUGAUUUUUCAGAGGAGUACAUGGAGUAGAAGAGUUAAUGUGUUGUUUCCUAAGUGUCCCUGCUGUGGUGGAUGGAUAGGAAGCUGCUCUGGUGGCCUAUUAAGGUCUUUACUGGUUCCACGACUCUUAAACAUGUGAUUAUACGUACUCUUGCAUAUUUUGCCUUUCUCUGCUUUAGUCAACUGUGUUUCUCCCCGCUCUAAAAACUGGCGUUGGGCAGACUGAUGAUCCAGAGAUGCUACAGAAAGUCCUUUGGUCCUUCUGUCUUUCAGUAUUACCUCAUUCUCUUCUGGUUAACUCCCACUGACUGUCUCUGAAUCAGGCAGCCUCCAUAUCCUUUGGUAUCUGCUGUUAAAGGCCAGCCAUGACUCAGAGUAUUUUUUUUUUUUUUUUAAGCCUUUGCAAGCAAUUAUAAUUCACUGUCCUUAAUAAAGUUGGUUCCACCUCACCACAGUGUUAUGUUUUUCUUAGUCACUCCUCAUCUUGAGGAGUUACUGGUGAUUGUUUCCCACAAAGGGACACACCAUUUUGCCUGAUAGCAGCAGGACAGAUAGAUCAUCAGCACCUAUGCUGCACUGAUGAAAUGGUGUGGGGAGAAAUCAAGAAAGUCUGGUUCAGGAAAUAACUCCUUCAUUCAAGAGCCUUGAUGUGACCCCGCACUUUUCUUUGAAGAAAAAAAGUCUGUAUUACAGAAACAUUCCUUAUUGCCACUGAUUUUGAAUGCUACUUUUGCUGCUGUGGGCUUCUGAAGACAACUUCCAUUCCUCUACUUGAAUUUCUGCAGUUUUUCUGUAUUGGCCUUCUGCCUCGUUGUGCUGCUCUGUGAGCUCUGGUCUGCUGAAUGUACACUGGCAGUGUCAGACUGAUAGGAAGAUAAAUAAUCUGAGGUGAGCAAGUAUUUUUCUCAGUUUUUGCACAUGUACUCACAAAUGUGCAACAUAUCUUUUGAGUCCCAGAGUGACUGUUCUUAUAAAAAACCACUAAAUUUAUUUUUCCAGGCCUUGUAUUUUUUACUGCAGAUGCUAGUUCCGUCCCCUGCCCCUCAACUCUCUAUAACUUUUCUCAUUUUUGCAGUUAUUUGAUGGAUGAACACUGAAUGUUCAGGAUUACCUGCCUGUAUUGCUUAUUUAAAUCCCACAUUUCUGUCUACAGAUUGGAUUAGAUGUCCUAGAAAUGCCCCAGCUAUUGGCAGCUUAGGUGUCCAGUUUGGAAGGCUUGUGGGAAACCUUGGAGGUCAAUCUGUUACAGAUUGGUAGGUCAGAACCUACCAAAAUCAAUCAAGCUUUCUUCCAGAAAACCUUACAGAAACUUCAGGUGAGCACAACUAGAGCACAACUGCCAGUUACAGGGACUCGUUUUCCAAAGCAAUAAGAUACAGUAGGCAGUAUGACCUUUUGGCAAUCUCUAGCUUGCCUGAUGGGCUAGUGGAUAAAGUGAAUUCAGAGGUCAGUGUAACUUUCCUUAAUCUGCAGAGGUUGCUCAGAAAUUUGUUGUCAUGCUUGUGGCCCUUUGUGAAGCAUGAGACUGCUGUUUGCUGUGCGCUUCCUAUGUGAUGGGAAUGUUGCUGCUUAGAGGUCUGGUUGUGCUUUGGUGAUAACCCUGAUUUUAAAGCCAUUUCUGAAUUCUCCACUGAGCCCUAGCAAAGGGCACCACAAUUCUUGCUCCUCUGCUCUGCUAAAUUCUCUCUCUUCAUCUUCAUGAGCCUUUUUAAAUGUGUUUUGUUGUUUUUUUUUUUAAAUACCUAAUGAACAAAUGUUUGGUUUGUCUGUGUGUUUGUUUUGGUAGAAAGUAGAUAUCUUUGUUUCAAAAUCCAUAAUUUUGAUUGUACCCCUUAGAGUUUGAAGCAGUGGAGAUGUUGCUCAAGUGAGCUCUGUCCUGAAAGCCAUCUCUCCCCUUGAGAGAUGCUAAUUGUGGUUCUGGUGUGUAAAUAGUGUUUGAAAUGUAAAUAAUAGCAUGCAGAUUAAAUGAUUCUUGCACAUGAUUGCUUUUCACUCUCAAAGUGUUUAUACUGACAAGCAAGAUAUCCACCGUGCAACUUUGCUGGCUGAACAUGAGCCCAGCAAGUGGCCAUUUUUGCUUUACCUCGCCCUGCGGUGAGAAGCUCUUUAGUCGCCUGCCACCUAGUGUCUGCCGGUCCAAUUGCAGCCCGCAGGGAAAGAGAAGGGAAAGCUCUGUUAGUAUCAGGACCUCCCUUGCAUUUUUCCUUUGCUACUUGGUAUUAGGAGAAUAAUAUUAGAUUGUAAACUGGAGUAUCAGAGUCAGCGCCCUCUACCUGUUUUGGGAGGUAAAUAUCACUUGCAGCAGUACUAAGCAUGGUGCUAUUUGAAUUGCCAUGGUCCUGGAUGUUAAUCUGCAUUUUUACUUCAUUAGAGAUGCCAUUAGCAAAAUUGAUUCUGAUGAACGAUGUUGGCCACAAGAGAAACUCUCAUGUGCAUUCUAAAUUCCACUUCCUUUCUUGUUGUAUGUGUGCCAUUUGGGUGCAUUGUAGUGGUUGUUCUGCAAAUGAGUAGGGGGGAGUUUAAAUCUCAACAGGUGUCAAGAACUGGUUAAGGUUCCAGUUUCUCUUUUUCAUUUUUGUUUUCUCUCUGAAGCUUUUUGGGGUGUCUGUAUUUGAUAGCAGAACUGUAUAAUGCAAACAAAACAAUCUACUUUGUUAGAUCUGCUACGUACCAAACUUUGCCACUUGAAGAAAAGAAAAAUCUUCUUCCUCUAAUGUGCAGCAACAUUGUGACUGCUAGCGUGCACCAUGCAGGAGUUCAGCCACGCCACGCUAAUAGAUGUCUGUUGUGUUUCAGCAAUACAAAGUUGUUGAUGAGAAGUUCCAUCUGUAUGUGUGUUCAUGUUCAUGUUGUGUACUCAGUAGAGAUGGACCUGAUGCUGCCUUGGUCUCUGGUGAGGAUGGGAUUUGGGUUUUGUGGCUCAGAUCCAUCUCUGAUAAGUGUGUUCCAGAUCAGUUAGAACUGAAUCUCUGCACUUGGUUCAUCUGAUGGCACAAGGAAAGUGUUGAUAUUUACCCUUUAUGUAUCAUUCCUUUUUAUACGAAUGUAUUCUCUUGUGUUCCUUUUUUUAUCAGAUGUAAAAUUGAUUGUAAAAGCCAACUACACUUACUGAUUGAAAGUAUUGGUAUAACAGAACUGCAUGCCCAGUAGAGUUUGACUUGAGCUUUAGUUAUCUGAUUUCAGACUGGUUAUCUUCGGUCUAGGAGAAAAGCAUAGAUCAGGUGCAUAUGUAUUACUUGUCAUCUUUAGCAUUAGACUGUGGUAUUGUAUCACAUGCUGAUCUCAAUGGAUGUAACUGGAGUAUACUUAGGAAGUUAAUGCAACUUCCUGGUAAUUCAUUUUAAGCUAUUGAAAGUGGUCUUGGUCAUGCUACUCGUGUUCUUGAGUUUUUGUUUUUUAAUAAAUGCAUUUUUUAGGUAUGUUUUAAUACACUUAUGAUGGACAACACAAUAGUUUUAAUAGUUGUGCAGUACUCUGUAUUUACUUGAAGUAAAUCAUUUUAUAUGCAAUUUGUUAGAUAAUUACAAUUUUAUAAAUAAAAUUGCGUGAAAUAUGGUGUUGUGAUUGUGUACUCUUGGUGUAGCACUCAACGUUGAAGAUACAAAUUUCAGGCAAAAAACUCCUCUGGGAAAAGCCAUCCUGUUCUCUCCCCCAGACUGGCAGGGAAAAUAAAUCCCUGGGUCUCAUGUGCACAUAUAAUUUACAUUCUGAAGUAGUUGUGAAGUGUGUUGUGUGUUGCCAGUGGCUGCCCUUAAAUAAGUAAUAAGCUAAUACUUCAACACAUCCUCAAGAGAUGAAAACUCACAUCUAGUGUCAGCUGUUACUGAAGUCCAACUAACAAAUGUGCUCUGUUUGUUUCUGACAGGUCACUGGUGUUCCUCACGCUGCUGUGGCUGCUGGUCAGUACAGCUGUCGGAGCUCCCACCGUAGUCAUUUUAGUGACCGUGAAGUGUUCAGAAGUUGUAUCUCUGCAGGGAGCAGCACGAAGGGGUAUAGCAUUUUGUCAUGCAUUAAGCUUUUGUAAAGGAAAGUGGGAACUUUGUUUUUUUAAGUGUAAUAUCUCAAAUAGAAAUAGUGAGAGCAGGCUUAUUGAGUUGUGCAGGUAAAAAUGUGUAAUGAUGUCUCAUACUUGUUUAUGCAGAGGGGGGAAAAAAACUUAGUAUUUCAAAAGCUAUAGGGAAAGCAAAUCCAGUUCAGUAUAUCUAAAAUAUAGUGUUUCAUCAACCUGCAUUGUUUUGCAGUAAAUAAUAGGUGUAGUUGGUUUGAGGCACUUUGGAAAACAGAUUGACAAUAUCGCUUGGAAAGACUUUCCAAAUGGAGGUCAGUGCCCUGAUUUAAUUCCCCCUACAGUAGUUAUCACCGCUAUUCCGACAGUGGAAAAUCUUGCCUUCAUCUUAGCCUUUACCUGACUUAAUCAGGAUUCUGCAUUGAGUACAAGCCUGCAGUACAGUUCUGGCCGAUGGGGCUCUGUGAGAGGCAUUUCUCAUAAGUUUCACCAAGAAAUACAGAUUCUGAAUGUCUAUGGGCCAGUGAGCUGUUCAUCUGUCACUGAUAUGGUGUGAUCAAUGAGUCAGAAUGAAUUGGGCUGAGUGAUCAUGAUCAUUUCUCUUGAGACAGCUUCUGGCUGUGACAGGUUACAUGCUGCCCAAAUGUACAUGCUUCUUUCUAGUUCUGUUGCAGACAAAGAGACGUGAACAUCAAAGUGCAGCAUAAACCUGGCCUUAUUUCUACUGUGUUUUUGACUGUUGUUCUUAGAUCUUGUUUUUCUAAUGAAGAGAGAUUGAGAGGAUAAACGAUUUGCCAACUACAUAGAAAUAUCCUGCAGGCUGGCACGUGCCUCAGAUCAGUGCAGCAUUUUUGUGAACAGAUAAUCUCUUCAGUUGCCUUCUUCUGCCAUGGCAUAAAACCAUCUUCACAUUUGUGCAGACUUAGCAUGGAUUUUAUCUAGAAGUGUAAGUCACUUGGUAUUCUGUCCUAGGAAACCAUCUGAAAAUUAAAGGGUAUCACUGUUGGCCUUUACGCUUGCUGUGCCAACAGUAUUUCUAAUUAAAAUUCAGUAACAGGAAUUAUUGAUAUUUAACUUGAAGUCCAGUUAGACAAGUAGGUGAAUGGGAGUUGUCGCCCCUUUGUUAUGCCCUGCUUAUGUGAGCACUUGUGGCUUAUACCAGUAUAUAAAGGAAUAAAGAAUCUAGAAGCGGGUAAGUCAUUGCUAAAUGCUCUUUCUAAUGUAUUUUGGAAUCUACUGGAAUCAAUGGAAAUUCUUUCCGUGCCUGAGAAAACUUGGGCUCAUAUGGGCCUGCUGUGAGCUGUGAUUGUAAACAUGCAGGCUGCAUUUACCGGUGUAGUGGUUCUGCAUUAUUCACAGCCUCAUGUUAUGGGAUUAUAAUCUAUGUCUA